AUGGCGCCCGCACCUCCAGUCACCCUGUUCUACGGAACAUUCGUGGACCUCCCACGGACAGAAUCCGGCUCGAAGCACGAGCUCUCAAUCAGACACGGCGCCCUCUGGGCGUCAACGCGCACAGGCCGCAUCGCAGGCUCCGACUGGAGCAUCACCAGCGAGGCGCAACUCCAAUCGCUUAUCCGCCGAAACGCCUGGCCGGGAACAGUUCGCAUCAUCCGCGCGCGCGAAGACCUCAACGAGUUCUUCUUCCCGGGCUUCAUAGACACGCACAUCCACGCGCCGCAGUACCCGAACUCCGGUCUCUUUGGUUCUUCGACCCUACUCGACUGGCUCGAGACGUAUACCUUCCCGCUAGAAUCUAGCUUGGGGAAUUUGUCGAAGGCUCGCACAGCAUACGACAAGGUCAUCUCGCGCACACUCGCAAAUGGGACAACAUACGCCUCCUACUUCGCGACAAUCCACGUCGGCGCAACGAACCUGCUCGCGACCCUCGCCCACACCCGUGGCCAACGAGCACUCAUCGGUCGCGUCUGCAUGGACAACCCGUCCUUCUGCCCGAGCUACUACACCGACGGCUCCGCGCAGGAAUCCCUCUCCGCAACAAAGGAGAACAUAGCACACAUCCAUAGCCUUGACCCCGCGGGGAAGCUCGUAAAGCCGAUCCUCACCCCGCGCUUUGCGCCGACGUGCUCGCCGGAGUCGCUUUCGUCGCUUGGCGCCCUCGCGGCGUCGCACAGUCCGCCACUGCACAUUCAGACCCAUAUCUCGGAGAACAAAGACGAGGUUAGCCUCGUUCAGUCGCUCUUCCCGGACUCAGAGUCGUAUGCUGAUGUCUACGAUAAACACGCGCUGCUCACAAAACGCACGAUCCUCGCACACGCGGUGCACCUCACACAGACGGAAAUGGACCUCAUCGCGUCCCGCGACGCAAAAGUUUCACACUGCCCAGCCUCAAAUUCAGCACUGGGCUCCGGGAUCGCACCCGUGAGACAGCUGCUCGAGAGCGGGGUUACGGUCGGGUUAGGGACGGAUGUCUCGGGCGGGUAUAGCCCGAGUAUCCUUGAAGCCGCCAGGCAGGCAUGUCUUGUUUCGAGGUUAUUGCGGCAUACGCAGCAGCAAAACCCCAGCGAGGGUAAGGAGGUCAAAGACGGCCAUGAAGUUCUCUCCGUCGAAGAAGCGCUGUAUCUCGCGACGAGGGGUGGCGCCGCAGUCGUCGAUAUGGCGAAUGACCUCGGUGGCUUUGAGGAGGGGAUGUUAUUCGAUACGCAGCUUAUUAGACUUGGUGGUGUUGUGCGUUCGUCCCCCUCUUCUGAGUUGGAGUCGGGGUCGAGUUUUGGGUCUGCGUCCGUGGAGAAAAACGACUCCGUCGUCGACAUCUUCGGCUGGGAAUCGUGGACGGAGCGCGUGCAUAAGUGGGUGUGGACGGGGAAUGAUCGGAAUGUGCGCGCUGUUUGGGUUGGUGGGGCGCUCGUUCAUUGUCUUGAUGAUGAAUUCAGAGCUGAUAGCGGUUCUGAGCCUCUGUUUGGGUCAUUGGGAGGGCGACUUGGUGGAAGCGACUGGUUGAAGUAUAUCGCUAGCGGUGUCGGUGUUGGCGCGUUAGGUUGGGUUUUGGGACGGAGGAGGUAA